UGUCAAAACUUCCUUUUCCGUUGCUAAGUAACAGCACCUAUGCGACCCGUCCGUCCACUAAACAGAAGCUAGCUAGCUAGCUAGAUGAUAUAUUUCAGAUUGUGUGAACACACAACGUUACAAGUAAUUUGUUGUCGCUAAAACUACUCGUUUGAAGCCAUGACAACUAUAAAAGACGGAGAGUACACAGCUACAAUAUACAAACUGAUUAAAGACGGGCAGUAUGUGGAAGCAAUUCACAUCCUAAACGGCCAACUUCAAAAACACACAAAGUCCAGGGCAGCACUGUCUCUGCUGGGUUACUGCUACUAUCACAUCCAGGAUUUCACCAACUCUGCAGAGUGCUAUGAGCAGCUCACCCAGCUUCACCCAGAGGUUGAGGAGUACAAGGUCUACUACGCCCAGUCCCUAUACAAAGCUGGUGCUUAUCCUGAGGCCACAAAGGCCUCCUUCGUGCUCGACAACCCCAGCAGUCACAUCAAGAUGGUCAAGCUGCAAGCCUGUAUCAAAUACUGUGAAGAAGAUUACUCCACUGCCAAGUCACUGCUGGAGCAGCUACCCCAGGAUGACCCAGACUACUCCUACAAUAUGGGCUGUUUGCUUUACCAGGAUGGCAAGUAUGAGGAGGCCUGCAAGAAGUUCACCUCCGCCAUGCAAGUGCUGGGAUACGUGCCAGCGUUGUCCUACAACAUCGCCCUGUGUUACUACAGCCUGAAGAACUACGCUCAGGCCCUCAAAUACAUCGGAGAGAUCAUCGAGCGAGGCAUCAGAGAACAUCCAGAGCUGAGCGUCGGCAUGACCACUGAGGGCAUCGAUGUCCACAGCGUGGGCAACACGCUGGUGUUGCAUCAGACAGCCCUGAUUGAAGCCUUCAACCUCAAAGCUGCCAUUGAAUAUCAGCUGAAGAACCUGAAAGGAGCUCAGGAGGCUUUGACAGACAUGCCCCCUCGAUCAGAGGAGGAGCUGGACCCAGUGACACUCCACAACCAGGCUCUGGUGAACAUGGACACGAAGCCGUCGGAAGGUUUUGAGAAGCUGGCCUUCCUGCUGCAGCAGCCCUCCUUCCCCCCCGUCAACUUCGGAAACCUGCUGCUGCUCUACUGCAAACAUGAGUACUUUGAUCUGGCAGCUGACGUCCUGGCAGAGAACGCCCAUCUCACCUACAAGUUCCUCUCGCCGUACAUGUAUGAGUUUCUUGAUGCCUUGUUGACCUGCCAGACAGCACCAGAGGAGGCUUUUAGGAAGUUUGAUGAAAUGAACGGCAAACUGACAGAGCAGUUACGGAAGCUGGCCAAGCAGGUGCAAGAGGCCAGGCUGGCUCGAGAUGAUGAAGCACAGAAGAAAACUCUGCAGGACUACGACCUGAUGCAAGAGAAGUACAUCGUGGUCCUGAUGGCCCAGGCCAAGAUCUACUGGAACCGGGAGAACUUCCAGAUGGUGGAAAAGAUUUUCCGCAAGUCGGUGGAGGUCUGUAAUGAGGAUGAUACCUGGAAGCUGAACGUAGCCCACGUGCUCUUCAUGCAGAACAAAUACAAGGAGGCCAUCGGAUUCUACGAGCCCAUCGUCAAGAAGCACUACGAUAACGUGGAGCAGUGUAACAUUCAGGAGUGUCCCUGCAAGUGCAAACCUUCGAUCCUGAAUGUGAGCGCUGUGGUCCUGGCCAACCUGUGUGUGUCCUACAUCCUGACCAGCCAGAAUGAAGAGGCUGAAGAGCUGAUGAGAAAGAUCGAGAAAGAGGAGGAGCAGAUCUCCUACGACGACCCCGACAAAAAGGUCUUCCACCUCUGCAUCGUCAACCUGGUCAUCGGGACAUUGUACUGCGCCAAGGGGAACUAUGACUUUGGCAUCUCUCGUGUCAUCAAGAGCCUGGAGCCUUACAAUAAGAAGUUGGGAACGGACACAUGGUUCUACGCCAAGCGCUGUUUCCUUUCUCUGCUGGAGAACAUGUCCAAACACAUGGUCAUGCUGAGGGACGCUGUGGUACAGGAGUGUAUCCAGUUCCUGGAGCACUGCGAGGCGUACGGUAAGGAGGUCCCGGCCAUCAUCGAGCAGCCUCUGGAGGAGCACCGCAUUCACAUCGGCAAGAACACCGUCACCUACGAGGCUCGACUGCUCAAGGCACUGUUUUAUGAGGUCAUUGGCUGGAACAAGUGACAUUCAUCAGGUGUCACUGUUACGUGUGAGGUUUCUACCAGAUGAGUGACGUCACUGACUGCAGCCAGCCUUGGCAUUUUGUCAAUGUCUUUGAUAUAAAAGAUAAUAAUGGAACUGGAAUCAAGAGACAAUCAGCACACAUAAUAAGGCUGCUGUGCGAGAUUUAUAUUUCUGGGACUCAAAACCGUUUCCAGUUCCCGGAAGCUUUUGGACUCACUCUGUCUUCCCUGUCUCUCGUCAACACGCGCACACCCCAGGGGAAGCUUUUAUUUUGAAGUUGAGUUGAGCUUGGGGAGUCUUGGCAGAAAGAUGGCUCCAGCAGAUCUGACAUCAUCAGUUUGUGUUCGUUCUCACUUUAUGACUCUUACAGCCAGUAAUGUAAGCAGAGAUAAGUUUACAUUUAUUAUCAGUACUACUUAUAUACUGUUAUAGAGGAUAACGUGUGUAAAUACAACAGACUUUGUUCAUUCUGCUAACAUGAAAUACAUGAUAACAUGUAUGUAAGUUCAUCUACAGACAUUCAUAGUUCAUGCAUACAUCCUCUUUGGUCAGUGCUGGUUGUACAGCUGCCCUCUGGCCCUCUUUUGUGGUUUUAUAUUCAGUAGAUAAACAUAAUUUAAAAUAAAAUAAAGAUGUUAUUUUUGGAAG